UUCGCCUCCGCUCAGCGCAUGCGCGGAGCCGCAAGACCUCCCCUAGUCCCCGUUGCCGGAAGAUUCCGUGUCCCCCCCGUGGCGGCCCUCCUGCCAUGUUUGCGGAGCUGAACGAGCUGCUGAACGCCUCCCCGCAGCGACCGGAGACGGGUAAGUUCACACUUCUGCGAGACACCAGAACAGAUGGCAGCUUCCUGGUGCACCAUUUCCUCUCCUUCUACCUCAGAGCUGGCUGUAAGGUUUGCUUUGUGGCACUGCUGCAGUCCUUCAGUCACUAUAACAUCAUAGCACAGAAGCUGGGAGUCAGUCUGACAGCUGCCAAAGAACGGGGACAGCUUGUCUUCUUGGAAGGCCUCAAGUCCUGCCUUGACCUCUGGUUUGGAGAGCAGGGGGAGCAGUCGGGACAGCCCAGUCCUCUUCAGUUUAUAAGCAAGAGCACUUCUGACCUCAAAGCCUUGUUUGACUUCGUCCAGGUGUCCCUGACUCCUGCCAGCAGUGACUCCUGGAAGGGCCCCGUGCUGCUGGUGGAUGACCUCAGUGUCCUGCUCAGCCUGGGUGCCACGCCGGUGGCCGUGCUGGACUUCAUCCACUACUGCAGAGUUGUGGUGUGCUCCCAGCUGAAGGGCAACGUUGUGGUGCUGGUUCACAGCAAUGAGGAUUCUGAAGAUGAGGAAAAUGAACUGGUUGUGAACUCCCUGUGUCAUCACAGUGACCUGAUCCUGUGGGUAGAGGGGCUGGCGACCGGCUUCUGCAAGGAUGUUCACGGGCAGAUUAAAAUAACUAGGAGAGUGUCCUUGGAGCUGACGGGGGAGCAGGAUGUUGUCCAGAUCUACCAGUACAAGAUCCAGGACAAGAACGUCACUUUUUUUGCUAGAGGGCUGUCAGCUGCAGUCCUGUGAUGCUGCGAUACAGCACAGUGCUGCAAAAGCAAUGCGGAGCAAGGCUGGGGAGGCCAGUACAUGCCACCAAACCAGCCCGGCUGCUCCACCAGCACCUUCCAGGAGCAGUGCAGCAAACUGACCCAGGAGGGAAGCUUAAACGUGUGUUAAACUGCAUGCCAACGAGGGGAUUAGCCUGCCCAGAGCUUGCUGCAAUCCCUUUGUCCUCCCACCCUGUUCCCAACAUAUGUAGGCCAAGAAAAGUGCACAUACUUGCCAGAAUGGCCCUUACAGCGUGUAAAUACAAGCAGGAGGGAUGCCCCUUGGGCUGGGCGUGCCUCACCUUUUCCGGUGUGUUAUGGCAUGGCAGUGCCAGGCACCGCUGCUUGGAGGGAUCACCCCACCCUCCAGCUGGCGUUUAAUGAGAUGACACAGAGAGGGUGGAGACAGGGAUGGUCUGGGAAUGUGUUGCAAUUCUUACCUUUCUCCCAGCUCUGGCACAGGAGAAAGAUUUGCUCAACUCGCAUCUUCCACAGCAUUGACUGAAAAAAUCAAUAGCUGUGUGUACAGCCCCUCACCUUGCUGUGGUGAGACCCAGACCUUGCUUGGUUGAUCCCUUGCUUUGUUAAGUUACUUCCCUCUUUUCACGUGAAACUCCCAUGCCAUGUUGUCCCAUCCCUGGCAGUGUUCAAGGCCAGGUUGGACAGAGCUUGGAGCAACCUGGUCUAGUGGAAGGUGACCCUGCCUGUGGCAGGGGGUUGGAACUGGAUGGGCUUUAAGGUCCUUUCCAUCCCAAACCGUUCUAUGAGUCUAUGUGUGUCAGCUUAUCAUGCAGCUUCCCAAGCUCAUCUUUGGCUUUAGGUGAUGGAUGGACACUUGUACAUGAGCCUCUAUCUCAGCCACUGCUUCCAUGGCACAAAUCGUGACUAGCAGGUCUAUGACCUGC